CGUCAGGCAGAGCUCUCAUCCCGACAUGCACCAGUCUAUUUGUAUCAGUUUUCAGCUGGGCCCAACAAAUCUCCAAAAUUUCCAGGUAUUGCACAUGCUGCCGAAUUAGAUUACCUUUGGGACCAAUCCGACGGAAUUGAAGUUGACAAAUCUAUUCGGGAACAGAUGCUCUCGCUGUGGUGGAAUUUCAUCAAAUACAAGAAUCCAACACCUGAAAAUGUUACCACCCUGCAGAAUAUCAAAUGGCCUACAGUUGACACGAACGAUAUAAAAUAUUUUGAUAUAGACGAAACAUCCAGUGUGUCUUCUAAUCCAAGAAAUUACGAGAGUGUGAAAGGAGUUUUACUGAGCCGUCUCAGAUCACCAUAUUUUGUAUUCUAA